AUGGGAACAGUUAAAGAAAGUAGUACAAUUAGUGUCAAUAACACUUCAUUCACAACAAGCACAUCUGUAAUGGAUUUCAAUGCAUCCACAACCAUGUCAGUAUUAACGACUAAAGCAUCUACUGAUAAACUAACUGAAAUAACCUCUACAUUCUUGAGUCAAUCAACUCAAUCGGUCACUAAUUUAUUUACAAACGCUUCGACGUUGACUACCGUUGAAACGACAACCACUACGAUAACCUAUGUUAAUAGAGUAACUACAGCGUUUCAAGUCAAAGCAAUUAUAUACGCUAUCACUACUGGCAGGUAUGUUCCAUGGUCAAAUGAUUAUGCCGAUAAAACAACGAGUGCUUAUAAAACCUUGGCUACAAACUACUGUUCCUUGCUAUUGCAGAGUUUACUAACACAAAAUACACAAAUAACUCGUGGAGCAACUUGUACAUUAAUUGGAUUCAUUCGAACUACACUAAAUUCACCUUCUAAACGACAAAUUCAAAACUCUAACAAUAUUACAACUGAUGCUGUUCAAGGCAAUGCACAAACUGAAUUACAAACAUUAGCUGGUUCACAGUUAAAUCAAGCGCAAUUUUCACAAAUAUUAUUAAGUGGUUAUCAAAAGCUUAAUUUAUCAAGUGGAAAUUAUCUAACCGGCAUUGAUACAACACGGAUUUCACCAACUAUUACAUGUUCACAAACUCGAUCACUUUGUGGUGAACAUGCAUCAUGUCGAAAUACUGACAACGGUGUUACAUGUACAUGUGAUCCAAUGUGGAAAGAUGUAAAUCCAGAUGAUCCAGGAAAAAAUUGUACACUACAUCCUGGAACAAUUGCAUUAAUUGUAUUUGCUGCUAUUCUAUUAACCAUUGCUAUUGCUGCAUUAAUCUAUUUUCUAGUUCGAACAAAAUCAAUGAAACAAUUACGAUUAAAAUAA